UGUGGAGAGUGUAGAGAAGAGAAGAAGAGAGAGAGCGAGAGAGAGAAAGAGAGCGAGAGAGAGAGAUGGGAGACCAAAGCCGAAGUGAGUUGUUCCUUGCAAUGUUCAUUAAGCUGAAACCUUACUUGGCUAUGGUCUCUCUUCAAUUUGGUUAUGCUGGGAUGUAUAUCAUCACUGUCCUAUGCAUGAAGCGUGGGAUGAGCCACUACGUCCUUGCCGUGUAUCGCCAUGCUGUUGCAACUCUUGCCAUUUCCCCUUUCGCAUUUUUUUUCGAAAGGAAAAUUAGACCAAAGAUGACACUCUCCAUCUUCUUGAGGAUUAUGGUGCUUGGCUUCCUAGAGCCAGUGCUUGAUCAAAACUUGUAUUAUGUUGGGAUGAACUACACCUCUGCCACUUUCAGCUCAGCCAUAUUUAAUGCCCUUCCAGCCAUUACCUUCAUAAUGGCAAUGAUCUUUAAAUUAGAGAAAGUGAAGAUCAAAAAGCUGCACAGCCAAGCUAAAAUCGUUGGAACUAUAGUGACGAUCACCGGAGCAACGCUCAUGACAUUGUACAAAGGCCCUGUCUUAAACUUUGUACGAUCACAAGGAGGAAACCACACUAAAACUAGUAAUGCUUCAAGUGAUCAGCACUGGGUUAUGGGAACAAUAAUGUUACUAGCUAGUUGUUCCGGUUGGGCUGGUUUCUUCAUUUUGCAAUCAUUCACAUUAAAAGCUUACCCGGCUGAGCUCUCUUUAACUGCUUUGAUAUGCUUGUUGGGGACGGUGCAAGGUGCAGCUGUUGCACUCGUCAUGCAACGGGACUUCAGUACAUGGGCUUUGGGUUGGGACUCUAGACUCCUUGGUCCUGUCUAUACGGGUAUAGUAUGUUCUGGGAUGGCAUAUUACAUGCAAGGAAUGGUGAUCAAGGAGAGAGGCCCCGUUUUUGUGACCGCGUUCAGCCCUCUAUGCAUGAUCAUUGUUGCUGCUUUGGGGUCUUUGAUUCUUGCAGAGCAAAUUCACCUAGGAAGUGUUAUUGGAGCAAUUAUCAUAGUCGUCGGCCUUUAUUCCGUCGUAUGGGGUAAAAGCAAGGAUUAUUCGACUUCAUCAACCUUGACCGUCGAAAAGGACCAGGCCUUCGAGUUACCAACAGCCAUGAGCCAUGGUAGUGAUGUGAAUGACCACGGUGACAGCAACUCCAAAGGUGGUAUUCUGAUGACAGAGACCCCAACAAUCGUGAUCCCUAAAUCCUACAAAUAGUUCAUUUGUGCCCAACUAUCUGAAAAUGGUUGAUUUGAGAGGGUCUUUAUCUCUUUUGUUCUCUAAAACUAUGAGUGAUGAUCGGUUAUUUUGAAAGUUGAUGUACAGUUUCUAAGGGGUUUACCCUAAUAUGUACUAUCAUUUCAAGCUUUUAAUGUAUCCUGAAAUUCUCUUUUGAGUCAAUAAUUAAGGAGUGCAGUGUACCCUAAUCCAA